AGCCACUUCCUGUCAGCAAACACAUCUCCAGCUUCAAAGAAGACACAACAUCUCCACACGAUAUAAGAGAAUAUCUCCACACGACAGGAGCCAUCCGACCUGUGACCUUAUGCCACGAGAUCUGUGAAGGUCAGCGGUCUGAAGUCCUUCAUCUGUAAGCAGCACUGAAACAUCAUCAUCAUCAUUGAGUGAAGGUCAAAUAAUGAUGAAGAGGAGAACAGCGACUGUGACCUUACUGCUUUCUAUAACACCUCUAACAGAGGCCUCGGCGUUCCUGUACGACCCCAGGUAUUGUUACAUCCUCGAUGCUUUUCUGCUGAUUUACGGCAUCAUCAUCACAGCUUUCUUUGUGCGCGAGCGGUUUGUUGUAAAGAAUAGAAAAGCAGAGGAUUCGCUCUAUCAGCAAAUCAAUCAGAGUGGCAAGGAUGUGUAUGCUAUGAGAAACCAAAGAAACGCUGAAGAAGCGCGCACAGGUCGCAAGAGAGAAGAGAACAGCGCUUACAUGCCUCUGCAGAAGAAAACAGAUGACACUUACCGUGAGAUUGAAGCCAAACCUAAUCGUCAGCGGCGAGGUGAUCAGGUUUAUCAGGGUCUGAGCUCGGUGACGAAGGACACGUAUGAUUCUCUGCACAUGCAACCUCUUCAGCCUCCACGUUAAACUUUGAUCUCAUCUCCCUCAGUUAAAUCAAUACAGUCCAACAUGUUGUGUUUGUUCACGAUGAGCUGUUUGUUGUGUUGUGUUUUCUGAUCAUUCCCUGAGUUUGAAAGAUUAUUUGUGUUUCUGUGAUGUGCAAAAUUAAUUUGAAAUAGUCAGGGUUUAAUUCAGUGUUGUUAUUAGUCCUUGUGUCACAACGUUUAUUUCUUUUUACAUUUAUGUUGAGCUCUCACACACAAAUGCACAUCAUGUACAAUUUUAUCAAAUCAUAUUCAUAUACAACAUAAAAUUAAAUAUAUAUACAACAAAAUUAAAUUCUUAUGACCUUCACAUUUUCAAUGGUCUUUUAUUCUGUAAUACAACAAAUAAUAUUUAUAUUUACAUUUAUUACAGUAAUUGUUUGUCAUAAUUCAGAAACCUUUAUUUUAAUUGUAAUUAUGCACUUCAUGUCAGAAUUGUGUCUGCCGUCGUCUUAACUUGAUUGUGAAGUCUGACAGAUAACUGUUAUCUAUAAGAGUAUUUCACAAUAUUUACACAUCUAUAGGAUGAAAGGUUUGCAAACAUCUUUUUAUAACAACUGUAAGAUUUCUGUAGCAUAAUUCUGCUUUCUUUUAAACUGAGAAUUUUCUUUCUAUUUUAUUUAGCUGGUAAACUGUUUUGAAGUUUUGUAUUGUCUUAUAAAAUAAAAAAGAUUUUCUAGUUUCAA